AUGGUGGCUAAGGCUUCUUCAACAGAUUAUGAAGAACACUUUAGCUUAGAUAUUGCAGAAGGAAACUCUUCUGGAGAAGAUGACAAUAUGACGACGAGGAUGGAUAACUCUGAAUCAAGCCCUAACCCUAACAGACCAUCAUCACCUGGGGGUUUCCUCAAGUACAUUAGCUAUGAAGCUCUUAGUGCAAACUCAAUCCCAUGCAGUUUAAGGGGACAAUCAUACUAUGAUUGUCGUAGUAAGAUGAUAGUCAAUCCUUAUCGUCGUGGUUGUAGCGCCAUUACACGUUGUAGAAGAUUGACUGAUUAA